AUGGUGAAUAUUCGGCAUCGUGAUUGGCAAGUUAACUCUUUAAGAAUUCUCGGCAAAGGCAAUAAGGUGAGAUACACUCUUAUUCCUGAUUUCCUAACCAAGCAUUUUAAACCAAGCCCUCACACUUUUCGGAGAAGUUUAGCCACUAAUCUUUAUAAUCGAGGUGGGAGACUAGAAACUAUCCAAAAGCAGUUGGGACACUCCACUAUUCAAACUACUCUGGGCUAUAUUCACAAUGAUUUUAAUACUUUGUAUCAAGAUUAUAGCAAAAUCUUCCAAGAGAGACCGAAAGCAAAUCAAUCUUUAAGGGAUUAUUCUACGGCUGAAUUGCUGGCAGAAAUCAGCCAGAGAGCAGGAGCCAACAAUUCGAAGGCAACUUCAACAGCCAAGGCUUCAAACUCGACACCGGCUGAAUAUCUUUCACGGUCUAUGAAAACAAAAUCCGAGUUUUCUAUAAACAAAUUGAUAACCCCGCUUGAUUUACCUAUUACCGGAAAGAUUUACCCAAAGAAUGCCCCGUUAUCUUUACCUUCACCGAAGCCGACCAAGUUGAAAAGGUCGGCAACCGAUGA